AUGUCAUUGACCCAAAUGUCCACACUCUAUGCUGCCAAGAAAGCCCAGAAAACCGCAGAAUGUGCAAAAGCCGAAGCGGAGGAGCAGCUUCAUGUUAAGGAUGCUGCUCUAGAGGCAGAGAGCAGUUCAUGUCAGGAACUUGAGCAGGCACUAAACAAUGUGUGGUUAGAGCUGGAAGCCAAGACAUCACAGCUGGAUGUGGAGUGUAAUGCUCACUGGGAACUCAGGCAGAGGCUGGACAAUGUGGAGUGGCAGCUGUGGAAUGAUGAGGCUGAGCUGCAGCUCAGGGCCAAUAUAGGCCAGUUAAAUGAAGAUAUCAUGGCCAUGACAUAUUAG